AGGCGGAAGCGAGCAAAAGAGACAUCCUAUAUAUAAAGCUAUCGGUGUAACAAGGAAGCAUGAGAGUUUGGAGUUGAAUGAAUUUACGCCGGUCCAUUUAGUUACGCGUCAAUUUGGCGCGAGUACGGUCGUGUGUGUAGAGGUAUUCUCAAAUCGUGUAAAAGCGCGCGAAUUUAUAUACGUACGUGUGUGUGUUUCUAAUAAGAAAACAAUUUGGUGCGGAUAAUAAAGGAACAUUAGAAAAAAUAUUGUGUUAAUAAUUUUAAAAUAUUAUUCAUUUACUUUUAUUAUUUUAAUAAACGGGAUAAGUGUCGUAGUGUUAUUUGUGUGAACUGGGAGAUUAAAACACAUGAAGAUAACGAAUGCCGGGAGCAAGCUACGUAUACAUGACAUGAGAGGAACUGAAAAUAGCCAAGAUAUCAAGAAUAACUACAGCUUGCACAAUAUUUAGAACGAUGCCCUAGCAGCGAGGAAGAUAAGAAGAGAAAAUGGCAAGUGCCGUAGCUCGUAGAAGGAGGGGUGCGAAGCGAGGUCGUUGCUGGAAGUCGAGGCUCUUAUUCCUCGCACUCGCAAUAGCCAGCGCUAAUUCACAGGACAUAUCGGCCUGCUGUGCCAAGGCGACUGGGACCUGCCGAAGCGUCUGUGAAAAAAUGUCGCUCGUCGAGAUAGCGUCCAACGCCUCCAUGAGGGAGGAAAGGAUACAAAACAUCUAUAAGUUCUGUACGCCUUCUCUGACCGAAUUCUGGAUAUGCAUGAACGUGACGAUUCAAGAAGUGGUGUCAGGGUCAGGCUGGUGGGGCCGAGCGUGCUGCGCGCUCGGGCGCUCCACGCCGUGCAGGCAGGCAUGCGCCACUGCAGGCGGCACCGCUGCGUUGGCGUCGGUCUGCCGCCGGUCCGACGAGAUCGCCUUUUUCAACUGCGUCAAACGGCAGGAGGAGGCGCAAGCGUGCUGCUCGCAGACGCAGUCGCUGACGUGUAACGAAGCCUGCCAGCGCGUGCUCUGGCGAGUGGGUACCGCGCACGUGGAACUAAACGCCCGGGAGCGUGCUGUUGAAGCUUGUGAGCAGUCCCCGCCGCUGCUGCGCUGUUUGAGGGAUCUGACUGCUUCAACGGUACACGCUGAUGCUUCCAAAUAUUUACCUUGCUGUCAUGAAUCUCCAAGCCAAGAGUGUAGGUCAACUUGCGAAUCAGUACUCCGUCGUACCGGAGAUUCGGGAGAAAUCGCUGAGGCUCUGAACCAAGACUGCGGGGCGCCGGCCAUCCAUGAUGGACUCUGGCAAUGCUUCUUGAGGAGAGCUGAGCCGCCUGAUACCAAGGAUCUCAUACCGCGCGAUAUUGCUAAACUACAUUGUUGCAGCAGGGCGACAACGAUAAACUGCCGAAGACUUUGCUUCAACACAUUUAACACAGACUGGCCGAACAAUUUUGAGAAAUUCGACUCGGAGUGCCUGGGUAAUCCACAGGAGACGGAUUUGACGCAAUGUAUAGAAGAAGUGGAAGCUCCAUGUUCGCUGGGCUGCGCUGGAUUGACGUACUGUAGUCAGCUUAACAACCGACCGACUAGUCUAUUUAGAUCCUGUUCAGCUCAAGCGGAUCUUGAUGCUCAUUUGGCUGUGGCAGAACAAAAAGACAGUGGGUCUGUAAAGGUAUCAGGGUUGACAUUACCAUUAAAGAACUCUUCGCAUUGUCCAACCGAUAUUUGGAAAAACGUCGCUUGCGCACUGCAUGUCAAACCUUGCACUGCUAAGGACCACGUCAGCCUCCUGUGCGCCGCAGACUGCGCGCGGCUAGUGUCGUCGUGCGUGGAGUGGUCGCGCGCGCCGCCCGCGCUCAACGCCGCCGCGCUUUGUGCGCGCCUCGCGCCCGCCGACCCAGCCGCGCCCUGCGUGGCGCUCACAGACUACAUGUCACCCAGCACACACCCACCGCUGUUGUCAUCCCGUGAAGCCGUGACGUCGCCAUGUGCAGGGUCGCCGUGUAACGCGAGCCAAGUGUGCGUGGUGAACAGGAACUGUCUGCAGGGCGGGUACUGCUCACGGUACAUUUGCAUCGAUGGUUGUCCAUUGGGUGAUGGCAGUCCAAUUUUAGUCCCGCUCGGGUCUUGGGCUCGAGUUCCGAUGGCCGGUCCGUCGGGGAAGGCCUGCUUCAAGAUAUGCCACUGCACUGCCAAGGGCUUGGGGCAAUGUCAGCCUUUGCCCUGCGUGGCGGUGGAUAACUGCAGACUUCAUGAGAAAGUUAUCACACAUGGUGACAAAUACUACAUGGAGUGCAACGCGUGCGCCUGCGUGCUGGGCGAGCGUGUGUGCGCGCGGCGCGCGUGCGGGCGCGCGGCGCUGCUGACCGGGCUGCCCUGCAACUGCCCGCCGCACCAUCUGCCCGUCGCCGCGCCCGGCCGCCGGUAUCCCAACGCUUGCCUCGCCAAAUGUGCGGGCGCAACGGACGCAGAGAUCGAGUUCGGGAUCCGCUCCGCGUGCGCGGGCGCGGCGUGCGGCCGCCGCACGUGCCUGCCCGCGCGCAACGUGUGUCUGUCCCGGCUGCAGGCUAGUUGCCCGCAACAUGUCUGCGUGAACACAAGUCACUGCAACGCCCAGCCACCAAUGCCGGUAUGUGACACUGAUGGCCAAACACACAACAACCCGUGCCAUCUCGUCCUCAGCGGGAACAUGUUUGCCUACUGGGGACAAUGUUUGGAGCGGUGCUCAAAGGUUGGACAUGUUUGCGGGGCAAAUGGCAUCACGUACAUAUCGGAGUGUGCUGCGUGGGCAGAGUACGUUAGCGUCGACUACCGCGGCCCCUGUCUCGCGGUAGGACCUAUAUCCGACCUCAUGGAGCCUAAAUGCCAGGUCGACAGGAUAGUCUGCCCACCUUUGAUAAAUCCCAACUGUCUGGGUUUCACGCCUCCUGGUGCUUGCUGCCCUAAAUGUGGAGGAGCUCUAAGGAUUCUUUAUUCGAAAAAGCAAAUAGACAGAGCCCUAUACGGCACUAACAUAUCAUCUUCUGUGAUAAACUUAAAGAAUGUCUUAAGCGCUUUGGAAAGGCAAGUCAAAAUAGCGGAAUGCGCUUUAAGAGGUUACUUGACUAUUGAAACGGAAAUAUUUGUAACCGUUGAGACGAUUUUAGAGAAUCCAACUGAUCUACAGUUGCGCGUGUGUGUAUUAGAAGCUGAGAAACUGGCGGAACUUAUAAAUCGGGAGAGUCCGAUUAUAUCAAGUGAUUUAGGUUUAAGUGCGUUGUCGUAUGCGUUAACUGUUCAUACGAAUCCAACCAAAGGUGCAUCUAGUUUAAGUGUAUCUCUGUUAGCAGUUAUGAUUUCUUCUAUAAGUAUUUUUGUUUUAAGAUAAAACUGAAAAAAAAAUUGUUGUUAUUGUAAAUAUGUACGUAACUUUAAUUGUAAAUAAGUGAAUGAAAUACACCAAAUAUUAGUGCCAUUAUGAGAUUACUUGUAAUGAUAUAUU